GAGCAUGUUGCUGUCAGCAUGCAGUCGGCAUACGGCAGCAAUUGCACCAACAACAACAUCAACCAUAACAACAACAACAACAACAGUAGCAGCAAUAUUUGCAAUCAGCAAAUCAACUACAAUAAUACAAGCAAUGUCAGCAGCAACAACAACAACAUCAGCAGCAACAGCAGCAACAGUUUCUUCAGUGUCGCCAAUAAUAUAAACAUGAAUAACAACAGCAACAACAUACACAACAACGCCAGCGAUUAUAUGGCCAAUCAUCCAACUGCUUCUCCAUAUGUGACACCAGCAACGGCAACAUCAGCAGCAGCAACAGCAGCCGCAUCAACUGUGAACACAACAACAAUGCUGUCUAAUUAUUGCGAUGCAGCCACCAUGAUGAUGGCCGCUGCUGCUGUCAAUGCAAAUCAAUGUCUGCAACAACAUCGCAUGUUGCUGGCAUCGACAACAUCCAGCAACAGUAGCAGCAGCAACGAUCAUUUAACUUCAGCCGCUGCUGCUGCUGCCGCCGCCGCCGCUGCUGCAGCAGCCGCAUCCAUUGCAAUGCCCUCUGCAUCAUCUGCUGGUUCAAUGUCAUCUGCCUCAUCGACGCCAACUGCAACCUCAGCAGCCUCUCAGCAGCAGCAACAACAUCAACUAACACAAUCGCAGCAACCACAGCAACAGCAGCAGCAACAGCAAUUGCCAGCCCCACAGCAACAGUCGCCGCCAAAUUUAAUCGAUAUCAGUGAAGUUCCUCUCAUUGUGGAUGUCAAGUAGUGUAAUUAUUUAUCUCUACAUAAAAACAAAACAAACAAAAAAAACAACAAAA